AUGACGUCAUUUCCGAGGAUUUCUACCAUGGCGUUGUACACACGAGAUGUUCAAGGAAAGUUUAGAAAAUCAUUCAAAGGAACGCGUAAACGUAAAAAAGAAACAGUUAUAGUGGAUCACAAUUAUUGCACAGGUAAUAGAAGUGACACUGCGAUAGAAAAUCCAGAUGUUGAACAAGUGAAACUUCCGAAGUCGGUUGAUAAACAGGGAUGGAAAGAAGGGAGAAGAAUCGUCGAAUUUGGGGUUUUGUUAUCCAAAUUGAAAUACUAUCAAAAGUGUAGAUUAGGACCAGUGCCAUUAACGUAUGACAACAUUCUAGGAGAACUGAAGAAAGGACUUUCUGGAUAUCUCUAUGUUCGUUGCCAAAAUGAUGACUGUGGACAUGUAAAUUUGGUUCCAUAUGGGAAAACACAUCGUGGAAAUUCUGCCAAGUCUCAGUCUGGAAUGCAUUGCUUUGCCGUCAAUACAAAACUUGGAACAGCAAUGAUUGACAGUCUAGGUGGACCAGUGAAGGUCAAUAACAUGUUGUCGACACUAAACAUGCCAACAAUCAGCAACAAAAACAUGAAGAAAAUGGAAAGAUGGGCUGGAAAUGUUAUUGAAAAGGUGGCAUUGAUGUCAACAAGAACAGCUGCCAAGGAAACAUUUGACAAAGAAAUGGCGUAA